UAUACGCUUGACACACUGAAGUGAAUUGUGUUUGUUGAAUAUAACAUAACACUUUCGUAUUAACUAGUAGCCGCUCGUGCCACACAAAUGACUACGAAUAAGAUAAGCUUGAUGACGCGAUAUGAAUUUAAAUCUGUAUGUAAAUUUGUAACGUUCAUAUUCAAAGCCUGUUUAGAUGACUCACGCUGAGGCCAGAAAAAACAGUUAUAUACUCGUACGUUUUAACUAGCCAUAUAUCUCUUCUCGAUGUUUACUGCUGCCUUGAAUUGCUUGAGAAAAUCUUCAAAACAUUUUUCAAUUUCAUUUUUAACUAUCGUCCUUACAAACGGAUAAAAAUGGGCAAAAACAGUCGUUUUAGACUCACCAAUACCAUGUAUCAAAAGCUCGUGAUCAGAACCUGCUACGAAAAAUCUCGGCUGAAUUGCUAUUUAUGAUUGCCGGCUGGUUAUUUUCUGAGAUUCCAUCAGAUAGAUUCCCGAGACGCCCUUCGAAACCAAACAGGUUCUCAAGUGGACUUGGGGAAAAACGCUCGGGAUGCGCUUGGUCCCGUAAAAUCUGUUUACCGGAUGCAGGAUAGCACGCAGACACCUGACCAGUUGCAAGCAAGACGGCUGUUCAAAAGCAUCUUCGAACGUCGCUCCUCAUAUAAUUUUUAAGUGCUGUGCUUAGGCCAACGAAUUUACGCUGUAGUGAGAUAUGAAAAAUUAAAUCUCGGUAUAUGAAACUCUAAAUUAAAUGAAUUAAAUAUUACUUAUAUCUGUCAAAAGGCUAGUAAAGUAGCCCACAUUAUUCUAGAGUUUACGACGCAUGUAAAACUCGUUCUUAUUUGAAUCAAACUCGUGCGCCUGUGAAUUUUUGGUCAUCACACAGUGUCCCGAGCAGCUGGCGCAUGCAGCGUCGCUCAUUAUGUUUCUCGAGGCUUUUGUAUUCAUAACGUCCACUCACUUCAUCCUCUCCCAGCCUUCUGUAAGCAGUGUCUGCUUCAAGGAACCAAACACUGGUUCAUGUCGAGCUUUGAUUCCAUCAUUUUACUUCAAUGCCAAGACGGGGUUCUGCGACUGUUACGUAUACGGCGGCUGCCAGUCCGGCGGGAAUAACUUCAAUUCUAUGGCCAAGUGCAUGGAGACUUGCGGCUCGAACAAAGCCCCACAAGUAAUAUCCAUCGAAUGUCAGAAAAUUUUUGCCAAUACUAAUAUUGGGAUUCCUGCGGAGGCCUCAAACCAAAUCGGAGGACAGUCGGCCCAGGGUAUUGUACAUCCAAGCGGUGGUCAGAAGCCUACUUCGCCCGUGCAACCAUUUGGCCAGCCUCAGAUACCAUCUCUUCCUCCACAACUACCUGGCGCUAUUCAAACACCUCAGCCACUGGAACCGAGUCAAGGAUCUUCUCCGGCGUCGCAGCUCCCAGAUGGCCCAUUGUCGAUCAGUAACAAGCCGCCUGUCUUAAACCAAACUACGGUGCAGCAAGUGCAGACCAUCACUACUGGUAUCAGACCUCAGCCAUCCAACCAACAGCAAAGUGGCCAGGUUACAGUACAACAAGAAGUUCCUCGCACCCAGGAAAAGGAGAGACCUGGGCUCCCAGGAUCAGCGGCCUCCCUCGCACCGCAAGACAAAGAGCAAGCGAAACCCUUUAUUUCUGCAAGUGCGCAGGAGUUUCAACGCCGACAAAUUUUGAAGCAACAAGAAAUCGAAUUGCAACACCAAGCUUCUAUUCAGCAACACUUGCAACUUCAGCAACAACAACAGCGGCAGCAACAAGAGCAACUCCUUCAGCUUCAAGAGAAACAACGCCAACAACAGUUGGCCGGUUGAUAAACGUCAUGAUCCUGAAAAUUAUGCUGAAUGAUCUAAUUUUGCAAUGCAUACAAUAAUUGAUAAUUUUUAACAUCAAUAUAAAUCCACAAAGAUUUUCUUGAACGAACUUGUAAAACGUCUCAUUGAGACAUCUAUAAAAGACGAAAAUAUACGUAUUUUUUCUUAAAAAUUGUAUUCAUGUUAACAUACAAUAGGAACGUUUCUUAAUUCUCUUCUACAUACAGAAUAAAUGCGAAGAUAAAUUUAAUAAAAAAUUAAGUGAUGAAUUGCAAAUUAUAUUAUUUACCGUAGAAAUGUUAUUGUGGCAAUCAGUUCAGCAUGAAUAUUCUUGAGAUAAAUGCAAUUAGUUUUGUCUAUAAUUAAGUAAAGCUUGCAGCAUUAGACGCCAAAAUAAUCAUAUAACCAAUAAUUAAAGUAAAUUUAACAAUAUAAAGUUGCCGUUAAGAAUGGCAUCAGGAGAGCGCUAUUUAAUUUGUACUAAUUAUUCACUUCGCAACCGUUUAGAGUAUACGUUGAUAUUCCAUUAUCUGCUUCUUUAAUACGAGUUAAUGUUUUUUUCA